AUGCUAAAAGGGGUCUCGGACCCCCAAAACUGGGGGUCGCUCCCCUUCACUGUCGACGGGAGCGAGCAGUGGAUCCGCAACUUCAGGGACUACUCCUCCCUGGACCUCAAAAAGGGCCACGAAAACAGACCCGUCUGGGUCUGUCCAGAUGGAUACCUUUACCUGGAGCAGUUCACGAAUGUCAGCCGGCAGGCGCAGGACUUCCUGGUCACCAUCGCGGAGCCAGUAUGUAGGCCCGAGUUCGUGCACGAGUACCAGGUCACGGUGUUUUCGCUCUAUACAGCCGUCUCUGUCGGUCUGACGGUGGAGGAACUGCUGGUCAACCUCAACAAGUUCUCCAAGAACAAGAUACCUGGCAAGCUCAAGGACUCCAUCAUCAAAACUGCAUCGGCCUUCGGCAAGAUUAAGCUGGUGCUAAGGGAUAAUCGUUAUUGGGUCGAGUCGCAGGAUAGGAAAGAGCUCGACCACCUGCUCACCAACCCCGUCAUUAGGAGCGCGAGGAUCACCGGAAACACGUGGAGCCGUGGUGAAAACCAUGCGACUGAGGACAGCGAUUACGUCACGUCCGCGGUGUUCACCGCCGAUGCGUCGUCCAUCAUGUUCAACUCGGCCAAUACCGGCGACGCCGCGAGGCCAGUCAUGGAGUCGAACAUGCCCGUAGCAAUCGAGGGAAUGGCCAAGGUAACGGAAGAAAACCGCGCAACUAGCCAGGUCUACUCGUUCGAGGUAUACCAAGAAAAAAUUGAGGAACUGAAGCGUGAGGCACUGAAGUCGAUGCGACGACCUCUGGUCAUGGAAUACGAUUUCAGAAAGGAUAAAAAAACACCAACGCUGGAAUGCUGUGUCCGCACCAAUAUUAAGAUCAGAUACUACCAGGAGCGAGCGCUCAGGCGGAUGUUCAGCAACGGGCGUGCCAGGUCGGGCAUCAUCGUCCUUCCGUGUGGUGCCGGUAAGACGCUCACCGGCAUCGUCGCCGCAUGCACGGUACGGAAACCCAUUUUUGUGCUCACGACCUCGGCGGUAGCCGUUGAACAGUGGGUGAAACAAUUCAUGGACUUCACCAACAUCUCCUCGGAGAAGCUGGUUUCCCUCACGUCCGACAACAAAAGCGAUCUGUGGCCUGCUGCUGAGGCGGGCGUGCUCAUCUCGACGUAUACCAUGAUGGCGUACUCCAGAAAACACCGAGAGUCCACGGAGAAUAUCCUCAACCAAAUAAAGCAGAGGGACUGGGGUCUGCUGAUAUUCGACGAAGUCCAAUUCGUCCCCGCACCCGCCUUCAGGCGGAUCAACGAAAUCGUGCGGUCGCACUGUAAACUGGGCCUCACCGCCACUCUGGUCAGGGAAGAUGAUCUCAUUAAGGACCUGCAGUGGUUAAUCGGGCCAAAGUUGUACGAGGCCAACUGGCUGGAGCUCCAGGAGAAAGGGUUCCUGGCCAAGGUCAUAUGUAAGGAAAUCUGGUGUCCGAUGACUGCCCCGUUCUAUCGCGAAUAUUUACGGAGCGAUUCCACCAAGAAGCGCCGGUUGUGGUCCUGCAACCCUGUCAAGCUCGCCACGUGCGAGUACCUUUUAAAGUUUCACGAGGCGAGGGGGGACAAAGUUAUCGUGUUCUCCGACAACCUGUUUGCCCUGCUGCAUGUGGCUAAAAUGCUACACAGGCCGUUCAUUUACGGUAAGGUGACGUCAGCAGAGCGCAUCAUCAUUCUGAACAAAUUCAAGAAUGAGAACACGUUCAACUCCAUCAUCCUGUCGAAAGUGGGGGAUAACGCUCUGGACAUCCCCUGCGCUAAUGUAGUCAUUCAAAUAUCGUUCAACUUCGCCUCCAGGCGGCAAGAGGCGCAGCGUCUGGGACGUAUCCUGAGGCCCAAGAGCAAAACGGACGAGAAUGGGUUCAACGCCUUCUUCUACAGCUUGGUCAGCAAAGACACGCAGGAGAUGGUCUUCGCGGACAAGCGCCAGCAGUUCAUUAUCGAUCAGGGGUACGCAUACAACGUCACCAGCUCGUCGGAAGUCGUCAAAGACGAGAGCAACCUCAUAUACUGUCGACCCGAGGUUCGGGAGGAGCUGCUGAAGGACAUCAUAAUGGCAUGUGAUGAUGACGACGAGGAAGACGAACUGGUCCACCCUGACGAUCCACAAAGCAAGGCGGCUCCACUGGACCCGGCAUCACUCAUGGAGGGUAGGGAAAAAGCCUUGUCGAAGCUGUCUGGUUCGCUCCACAGACAAAGCAUCAAGCGCCACAUGGCGAACGCAAAUCGCAUCAAGAAAGGAACGCGCAAACUUGCCAACCAGCACCCAAUAUUCAGGAAAUUCUUCUCAAGUGUUAAGACUUAG